AUGAGCUGGUGCGCGCCGACGAGGAAUGUCUUGAGAGAAUUCUACAGCACGACCCAGAUUAAUGGCAUCAAUAAUGCCAGCAGAGCCACUCAUCCAUUACGGAAGAUCAUAUGGUGGGUCGUGACCGUCGUCGCUGCCGGCGCCACCGUCCAGGGAAUCUGUGGCGUGAUAACGGCCUAUCUCCAAUAUUCCGUCUCGACGACGUCGUCUGUCACCCAACCGAAGUCUCUCACUUUCCCGGCCGUGACCGUCUGCAACCUCUCGCCUUUCCCCUGCUCCAAAUUCACGCAACAGGGCGACGUUGCCGAAUUGGCAAAGGUCGACGGCGGCGGAGGCAAGGAAGUCGCGAGGGAUCAGACGACAGGGAACUCUUACUACUACGUCCUCUCGCGGCUGAGCGAGGAGCAGAAGCUGCCGCUCUUGCAGGAUCGGGACGAUUUCAUCCGCGGAUGCAAGUACGAGGGCGUCGACUGCAAAAGGUUUUUCUUUCCCUUCGCGAACACGAGCUACGGGAGCUGCUACGCCUUCAACAUGAAGUUGAACGAGGACAGGGAUUCAGAGGCUGGGUCCAGGCGGACGGUCCUCCCCGGCCCCUAUAGCGGCUAUAAUAUCGAUAAUCCUACGUAUCGUCCCCUGACGACAGAGAUAAAUGGACUCGGUGAAUGCGCCCUUCUGAAACGUAUCAACUGCAUCUCCCAGGUGUUAUUAUUCGAGAACAAUACCUCCGUCAUCGAAAAUGCAGGUAGAUAUCGCCCGACGACAAAAUCAUCUCGGCGCUCUCUCUCGUCGCCGAUCGGCAAACGAAAUGCCCCCGUCUCGCUGCGGAGUGGACGGUCCCCGCUCACCAUUGCUCAUCCAUCCGCAGGACUGGAGCUGGAGCUGUACGUGAACGCGAGGGAGUGGCCGUCCAGCGUGCUGUCGUCGGAGGGCGGCGUCCGGGUGAUCGUCCACCAGACGGACAACCUCCCUUCCCCCGAGGAGUCCGGAUUCGACGCCAGGACCGGGACCGCCACCAAGGUGGAAGUGUCGAGGAUGGCUCAUCCGUACGAAAGUGACUGCUACAGCUCGUGGGACGAGUGCGGGUACCAUCCGGUGAACUCCACCUUCGUCACCUAUGACUCCUUGAGCACGAGCCUGUUGAGCAACCUGGGAGGAGCGCUGAGCCUGUACUUGGGGAUCUCCAUGGUCAUGUUCCUGGAAAUCAUCGAGAUCCUUCCCCUGAUCGCCUUGGCAUUCGUCAACAGGUGCUUCGGGAUUGGUCACGCACCGACGGCGAAUCCCCCACCCAGGAAGCGGGCGUCUCGGCGGAUCGCUCGCCUGGAAUACCCAAUCUCCUCGGCAUGGGUCGUGAAGCCCGAUUGA